AUGGCUACUAAGUUAUUAGCACUCAGAAAUGUAGUCAAUAAACCACUAAAUUUAUUUAUAAACAAUAUAUCGCAAUAUCAGUAUGAAUAUAACCUAAAAAAAUUUAGUACAACUACCAUUGCUUGUGUUAACUUUUUUAAUAAAUUGCCUGCAGAAAAAUUAUGGAAAUCUGUAACAUCUGUAAGUAAUGCUGGAGCAAAAAAGGGUCGUGGUAAAGGUACGGGAAGAAUUCGGAUUCGAGAUUUAAAUCGCGGUCAAAUGAUUGGCAUUGGAAAAAUUAACAUGUUAUGGCCAGGCUUGUCAGCACCUGUUAUAAGAGGAAGAGAACUGCUUAAACAACAAAGAUUACCAGAUGAUCCAGAAAGAAUGGAAAAACUGAUAAAAUUAAGAGAUUCAAUGACCAAAUUUCGUCGCAUGAGAUUAAGCCCAAUUGAAAGGGGUUGGUCAGGUUCUCGAAUGCCAGGUCGCAGCAUUGGACCACCAGAUGCUGUUGUAGAUGAGGAGUUCACUGGUUUUGAUACUAAAGUUCUUCAACUUAGAUCUCUUCUUAUCAUGAAAGGCAGUUUGGGUCGUACAAGAAAUUUUCAAGCUAUGGUGGUCACAGGUAAUGGCCAAGGCCUUGCAGGAUUUGGUAUUGGUAGAGCAAAGGAAGCACCUGCAGCACUUAGAAAGGCAAAGAAUAGGGCUGGAAAGAAAUUGAUGAAUUUUGAAAUAUACAAUGGACAUACUGUUUUUCAUGAUUUCUUCACAGCAUUUGGUAGAACUAAAAUAUAUGUUCAAAAGAAAAAUGAAGGUUAUGGUUUAAUGUGUCACAGAGCUAUCAAAGAGAUUUGUCAAGCAAUAGGAAUUAAGGAUCUUAGAGCCAAGCUUGAAGGCUCCAAUAAUUUACAGCACAUUGUCAAAGCUUUCUUUAUUGGACUUUUGCAACAGAGAACACACCAACAACUUGCUGAAGAAAAGAAAUUACAUUUAGUAGAAUUCAGAGAAGAAAAUGAGAACUAUCCUACAGUUGUUGCCAGUCCUUCAUAUGUUAGAACAAAAGAGGAGAUAUCUAAAGAUGAGACCCUGGACUUCACUCAAUAUGUGAUGAAUGAUAAAGUAAUCCUACAGAGAAAGAAAUUCCCAAGAUUUUAUGAAACAAUGCCACAUUAUGAAAUCUUCCUUAAAAAAUAUGAAAAAUAUAGGAACCAUGAAAAGAUACGUCUAAACUUGAAAACUGAAUAUGGUGAAGUAAAAAGUUUCCUGAAUGACAAGUACCCUGAGGAAAAAGUUGAAAAAGAUUCU